CAGAAACAGCCACCACACCACCACUCGAACGCCCUUCAGAAGUGUUUUAUCCUAGAAGAUAUUCGUCAAGAAUACAACAGAGAAAAUGUCACAAAUACAAGAAGAUAGCAGUAAUGGUACAGAGCUCAGUGCAGUAAUUGUGGGAUGGCACAAGGCUGGAAAGACUUCAGUGAUCAACACCAUAUUAGGACCGGAUGUGGCUGGGUCAGUUAGUGGUCAGUGUGUGAAGAAAGAGGGAUAUGUUAAUGGAGGGAAAAUCACGCUGGUUGAAACACCUGGCUGGUGGAAAGACUGCAGUAUAAGAGAUUCACCAGAGCUUUCCAAACAAGCAAUAAUGCGUAGUGUAUCUCUGUGUCCACCAGGGCCUCACGCCUUUCUCCUGGUCAUUCAGGCCGAUUUGUUAAUCAAGGAAAAGUACAUGGAAACACUAGUGCAACACAUGGAGCUUUUGAGUGAGAGAGUCUGGGCACAUACCAUAGUGCUCUUCACAGCGGGCGAUUCACUGAGAAACACAAGCAUUGAGAAACAUAUACAAAGUGAGGAAAAAACCCUAAAGAAGCUUUUGGAGAAAUGUGGAAACAGAUAUCAUGUUUUUGAUAAUAUUAACACAGGCAACAGGACUCAGGUUUCAACACUAUUUGACAAAAUCAGGCAAAAUUGUGGCAGAAGUUUUGAGGUUGAUCUGGAGGUGCUACAAGGACUUGAGAGAAAGUGGGAAGACGUUCAGAGAAGAGCAGCUGCAAGGCAAACCAAGGUACAGGAAGAAAGGUCCUUGAUUAAAGAUAAAGUUUACCUACGUGAUCUUGAAGAGGUAAGAAUGGUCCUCUUGGGUUGGGUGAUGUCUGGGAAGAGCUCAGCAGGAAACACCAUACUGAAGCAAGAAGCGCUUAUGACAGCGGAGCAAACAACAAAGUGUCUUAGAAGGUCUGGAAAUGUGGCUGGAAGACAGAUUGCUGUGUUGGACACGCCUGGUUGGUGGAAAUACUUCUCAUCCAAGUUCAACCCACAGUGGGUACAAGCUGCAGUCCUUAAAGAGUUGUUAAAUUGUAAGAAGUUCCCGCACGGUGUGCUCCUGGUGCUUCCUGCAGACACGUCCUUUAAGGAAGAACAGAAGAAGAUCAUUGAAGAAAACAUGGCCAUCUUCGGUGAACAAAUAUGGAAACACACCAUUGUGCUUUUCACGUGGGGUGAUUUACUUGGUGAUGCACUGAUCGAGCAGCACAUUGAGAGUGAAGGCGAGGCCCUGCAGUGGCUGAUAGACAAAUGUGGAAACAGAUAUCAUGUCUUUGACAAUACAAAAAGGGGUGAUGAUGCUCAGGUCGCUGAGCUGUUGGAGAAGAUUGAUCAAAUGGUGGCUGGAAACUGCUUGUUUCGUCCUGAUGUUACAGAGUUAACUGAAAUGAAGGCUGAGCUACUCCUUGAUACUUCUGAGGAAGUUCAGCUUGAGGACUUCUUGAACUUGUUUAAGAAGGAAUGGAACAGAAGAAUUAAGGAGUUUAGACAACAUUUUAAAAAAUCGUGGGAGGAAGCAAGAGCAAUGAAAAGCGACCGAAGCAAAACACCCCCUCCUAUGUUUUGUGUAGAGGAUGAAUCCAUUGAUACCCCUGAAACAUUUGGGCCUGAAUAUGAGGAGGACAGCACACAGGUGCUCAACAUUAAGCAGCAUCUUCUAUCCCUCGUGGAGAGAGAGUGGAGCAGACAAGAGGCAAUAGUGACGGAGAAGCUGGGUGCAACUCUUAAUGCCAACCUAGCUGAUGACAGGUUUUCUGAGACGGGAGAGAAAGAGAUCAGUGCAUCGGUGGCCAAAGUGGAACGGUGGCUUCCAGGCUGUGAAGAUGAGAAACCAAUGCAGUGAUGAUGAGGAACCUGGAGGACACAAGGCUCUCUCCUAAAUGACAACCCUGCACAUGCUGUAAGACUGUCUUUGGCAGUCAGUGCUAUAAGACAGGAAGGAGGACCGUAAAAAAUACAAUUGAAAUAUAAAAGGCAUCUUUCAUAACUGCUUCUGUCUAGAUGAUCUCUAGUGUCUUGCUUUACUCAGUAGCUCUCCUCUGAUGGCUCUUAAGGUCUUUAAUAUGUAUUUACACUACAUUGCCAAAUAUAUGUGGACAUCAAAACAUCAUCCAUUUAGACACUUAUCACUUGUAUCACCAGUUCAUUCGUACAUCUUUUUGCUUACUGAGCACCUGGAAUAAAUAAGCAGAACAAUAUAAUGCUUACCUCAUUUUUAAACUUAGGGCACUAUAAAUGUUUAAUUUCAUCAUAUUUUACUACGAUGUAUUCAUGUUUAAGUUGAUGCAUUUAGACUUUGUGUUUCUUUUUAGGAUUUUAUUAUUUUACUAAUUUGGUUGUUUUAUUAUUCGACUUAAUCAUUACCAUUUCUUAUUUGUGCUAUGUUUUACACUCGCCUAUAUUGUAAAGAGUUUCUGAGUUUAAAUAAAGGCUGAAUGAACGAAUGAA